AUGCUUCUCCUGCUAGUGCUCUCCAGUGCUACAGCUGUGCAGCUGCCGCAGGCUCCGUCAUGCAGCACUCGCGGUGCUACCCGAGGCGCCUUUCUCCGCAGCGCGCUUGCCGCAGUGAGCGUCUGUGGAGGAGCGAGACAGGCGAUUGCUCAGGAUGUGGCCGACAUCCCUGCAUCUGGGCUCGUGUUCAAGGACACGAUUAAGAUUGAGGGCUUCACUGACCCGAAGGUCUCCGGCGUCAAGCUGUACGUGGCCGAUUUCCAGAGACCAAUCACCGAGAAGCUGCAGAAGGACUUUUUCAACGACCCGACGCAGGCCAAUCGUGCAGCGUGUGGGCCCGCCAGCGUCACCUGUGCUCGGACCGGGCCAGUCAAGCUGCUCGAGGCGGUGGAGCCGAAUGGCGAGGGCGAGGAGGUAUUCAGCCAGUCCAGGUCGCUCUUUUUCAAGUCCGUGAAGGUGCGGCGCGUGUACGAUAAGGAGGCAAACACGAUCGUCUACGUGUCCUACUCGGUCCGGCUGUCGAAGAGCGAGGACGACAACAAGUCGCGCUUCAAGUCCACGAUGUGCACCGUCCCGCUUGGGUGACAGCCCGGGGAGGGCGGGGUUUUCGCGUCUGAUUCACUGUGCAUGCAUGGCGUACCGGGCGGUGCGCGUGAGGUUUCAUGCGCGGCGCUGUAGCAGACCGUUCUACGUGCGUGCAUACCAUCA